UGAGGUGCAAACUCGUUUUAUAUGGUGGAGAGUGGAUCAACAAGCACUAGAGUCGACUGCUUUUCCUAAUGGCAACUCCGGUGAAAGUGCACGGCCCCCCAUUGUCCACCGCAGUAUCUAGAGUCCUUGCUUGUCUCAUCGAGAAAGAUGUUCCAUUCCAACAUGUCCCCGUUAACAUGGCCAAAGGCGAGCACAAAAGCCCCGAUUUUCUCAAGAUUCAGCCCUUUGGUCAAGUGCCGGCUUUCCAAGAUGAAGCCAUAUCCCUUUUCGAGUCGAGGGCAAUUUGCAGGUACGUAUGUGAAAAGUAUGCAGAGAAUGGGAACAAAUGGCUGUACGGAACCAACCCAUUGGCGAAAGCUUCUAUAGAUCAAUGGGUGGAGGCCGAAGGGCAGAGCUUUAACCCGCCAAGCUCAGUUCUGGUGUUCCAACUAGCGUUUGCACCACGUAUGAACCUUAAGCAAGACCAAUCCCUGAUCAGCCAAAAUGAGGCUAAGCUGGAAAAAGUGCUGGAGGUUUACGAGAAGAGGCUGGGAGAAAGUCGGUUUUUGGCGGGCGAUGACUUCUCUUUAGCCGAUCUUUCGCACUUGCCCAACGCUCAUUAUCUGGCGAAUGUUGCUGAUAGGGGAGAGAUGUUCACUUCCAAGAAGAAUGUGGGGAGGUGGUGGGGUGAGAUUUCGAGCCGUGAUUCUUGGAAGAAGGUUGUUGAGAUGCAGAAGCAGAGCACUUAGAGCCAUGGGUUUUUCCUUACACUGUUGCCUUACUGAAUUUCAAUUAAGACUAGUAGAGGAACUUGCUAUAUUUGGAUCUUUUAAUUUUACUCUUGGAUUUCCCUGGUGUUCUUGUCCAAUCAAAUCCUGUCAGUUGGUUUUGAGAAUAAAAGAUAUGAUUAAUGAUAUCCUUUACCAGA